AUGGUUAGGAUGAGGGAACGGCGCCGAGGAGGGGGCGGGGCGGCCACCGGCAGCGCCGCGGCGCUUGCUACAAUAACGGGACGAAGACGCCGCAAUUGGGCGCCACACGGAUCAUUAGCACCCACGCCGCAAAUUCUCACCUCUUCUCGCCCCCCCUCAUCGCGUCCCAUUGCCAUUCAUUCCAUUUACGCAAUCGGUGCCUGCCUGACUAAGUCCGCAAACACCAUCAUUUGGGACUCCUUUUGCACUCUCUCGCACUCUCUGCAGCUAUUUCGGCGUCGACCAAGCCGCAGCCGCGCCCGUGCGUGCAUUCGCAGCGCUAUGGCAGCCAAGGUGCCGUUCUCCAAGCGAUGGAUCAAGCCUGAGAUCUACCCGUUGUUUGCUGCCAUCGGAGCAGCUUUAGGCAUCUGUGGAUACUCGAUGGCUCGCAACCUUGCAAUCAACCCUGAUGUCAGAAUCACGAAGGAGGAUCGGGCUGCGGGAGUUUUGGAAAACUACAAGGAAGGUGAAGCUUACAAAAUGCACGGUCUUCGGAAGUACCUUCAGCAGCAGGAGCCGCAGAUCAUGCCUGGCAUCAAUAACUACUUUUCAGGCGCCAAGUAAGGACUUUGUUAGUCAUGGGUAUCGACGACUGGUUUACUAGUGCCCAAAAUUUGUUUUGCAUAGAACUCAUCCACUUCGGGUUUUGUUGGAAGGUUGAGGUUAUCCAAAUUCAGCUGCUAAUAAUCCUCAAGCAACCUCCCAAACUGCAUCCCGGACAGUGAUUGUAGUAGAGCUUCAAAAACAUUCAUCUGUCAUGGUUAUUUGAAUUCCACGAAAUUCUUCAAUAUUGACAGAAACUUGGAUUCCGCACAUUAAAAUCCGGCAA